AUGAAGGUUUCCAUUGCUACCCUCCUCACCCUGGCCGCUGCCGCCGCCGCCGCCCCUACCUCCUCCUCCUUCGCUGGUCUGUCCGGUGUGACCUCUGCUCUGACCAACGUUGAGGGCCUCGCCUCCAACCUGGGCCUCGGUGACAUCACCAAGCAGCUGGACCUCUCCAACCUCCCCGUUGUCUCCAAGCUCGGUGACCUCACCUCCCUGCUCAACCUGGGCAGCUCCAGCACCGGCAAGGCCGGCACCCUCCCCAUUGCCCAGAACGGCCACCUCGUCCAGGACCUCGGCCCUGAGCUCAACAACGUCCUGACCAUCACUGGCCCCAACGUCCAGACUCUGCUCAUCGAGCUGAGCCCUGAGGUCACUGCCCUCGUCUCCGGCCUGGGUCUGCCUGCCCUGGGUGUCCCUCUCGGCAGCAUCGUCGCCUCCGCCAGCUCCCUUGGUGACCUCGUCACCGGCCUCGGCCCUCACGUUGACGGCCUCGUCACCGUCGUUGGUGCUGAUGUCGCUGGCCUCGUCUCCGGCCUUGGCCUCCCCACCGUCGGCAUCCCCGUCGGCACCGUCGUUGCUACUCUCGGUACCUCCCUGAAGCGCAAUGCCGCCCCCGGCGAGAUCGUUCAGGACCUUGCCCCCACCGUCAAGUCCAUCCUCACCGUCACCGGCCCCAACGCCAAGCAGCUCCUGAUCAAGCUCUCCCCUUCGGUUGCCGCCCUUGUUGACGGCCUUGGCCUGACCUCCAUUGGUGGCUCCGUUGGCUCCGUCAUCAAGACCGCUGGCAACAUCGGUGACCUCCUGACCGACAUCUCCGCCCCCGUCGAGCAGCUCCUCACUGUCACCGGUAACGACGGCCAGAAGCUCCUGAUCCAGCUCUCCCCCGAAGCUGCCGCCCUGGUCGUUGGCCUCGGUCUGCCCUCCGUCGGUGUCCCCGUCGGUGCUGUCGUUGCCACCCUCGGCAAGAACCUGUAA